AUGUUUGGGAGCCGGAUCGUCCUUUUUUCGCGGGGCGACGGUAUUGUGACCUUCACGAUCGAGCCGCACGAGACUCACAAGGAGGCCCGCGUCUGCUUCGCCUCCCCGCUGGCGGGGGAGGUGGCUCCGGAGCUCAUUUUCGCGCAUUGCGGGCUCCGCAUGAGCAUCGAGCUCCGUCGGGCGUGGGAGCUCGUGGUCGUGUGUUACCAGCCAUGGGUUAGGAACGCCAAAGCCCUCCUCCCCGAGGAAUUGCUAGCCAGAGGCGUUUGUGGAGGACUGCAGCAGGGCAGCACUCAGCGCAGACUCCAGGGCCGCGUCCGGCUCCCGAGGCCCAUGGAGAGCGAGGAGGCCAGGAGGCCAAGAGUCUCAUUCGCACGCAGGUUGCGGCGCUGGGCGGCGACCCGCAUCGGGUGGCGCUAUUCGGCAUCAGCGACGUGCACACGAUCGCACGCUUGCGACUCCCAGGUACGCCGCGUCCGUCCGCGCCGCCGCGAGGUCCAACGGUGGGGGCAUCGCCGUGGCCGCCUUGGUCUGGUCAAAGGACGGCCCCCUGUCAUACCCGGACUCUUCGUCGGCGCCCUGGAGGAGCAGAUCCCCAGGGACAAGUUUGAACCGACGGACCUUCCCAAGGGCAUCAUCGCUGAUGCCCUGUCUGACUCUCGGUUUGCGGAGCUCUGGUCCCGCCUCCACGGGCCGACACGUGACGCGCCACGGACGUACGAGUCCCCUUGCCUCACCGGUCCGGCGCGGGUCAAGCGGUACGACAUGCCGUGGCUCUUGGAGUACAAAUGUUGGAAGGUACCGGGAGCCGCACGACCGUGGGAGUGCGUCGCGAGGCGCCCCCCUCAAGCUGAGGAGCAGAACUUGGAUAGUACCUUCACCCACUCGCCAUCAGUGCAGCCGCGAGCGUCGGCGCCCGCGCUGGUGGCCAGCCCGGAUCCUCUCAGCCCCGAUUCAAUUCACGGGAGGCAGUACUCGGCGGACGACGACUUGGGCCAGGAGGUGUCCCUCGACAAAGUGCUCGCGCAGCAUGUCCGCGGCAGACACUUGUCCGGCGCAUAUUACCCGCCCGUCCGCUCGUCUGACCCCUCGCCCGUCUUGGACGCAGAGCGGCUUGCCGCCCCCCCGUUGUCGAGCGCCUCGACGCCGCCGGCACACAGCGCGUGCGUCUCUGGCCCAUACCGUCCACCGGACCUCUUCACGCAGUGUACGGACCUGGUCCCUCCAACCCACCCGGGAGGGCGGAUGGGGUAUGGUUGUUGGCCGUCGACAUGCGCAAACGGUCCCCGCCCCCCCAUGCAGACAGCGCCGACGACACUGGCCGCCUUCUGGGCUAGCCGGGACUGGGAAACCGGGCUACGUCUCCUCCACCAACACAUCCAGGUGAGGGUUGGCCAGGUGAAGAGUGGGACGCGCGCCGGCUUGCAGAGGAACUCGAGCCGCACGAGCGAAAGGUUUGGGGGGGGCGUCUGUCGGCAACCGGCGAUGUCGGACGCGAGGCAGGAGGCCCCUCUGCGGGGACCAAUCCACAGCGCGCGGCAGCGGCUCAGCUGGCAGUUGCAGCCAGGACGUUCGCCGCCAGGGGAUGCAGUUCGGGGGCACAAGCAGACGGUCGAAGAGAGGACGCCCGGGCUCGGGCCCCUCACCACGAGACCGCUACUGGGCCGCGUUGACAGCACAACAGGCGAGGCGAGCGGCGCUUGCCAGAGCAGUCGACGGAGGAGCGGGUCUCGGACCAGUGGCACCGACGGGGGCGGGGUGUGGACGGACCCUCCGUGA